AUGGCAGGUGGUGUCUCCCUCUCGCCGGGCCUUCGACAAGCAGCGAUGGCUGAAGUGGUGGGAGGAAGCUCGCCGGCCGGAGGGGGAGUGCUGGCAGGCAAUCCUGCCGCAGCGCUGGGAAGGGCGGCCACGGAUGAUGCCACAGAUUCGUUCCAGUCUGUGCCGCGCUCCAGCUUUGCCAUUUGCCCUCCCGAUCUGCCAGAGGACGCGUCGAGCGUGACAGGUCAAGCAUCGCUUUAUCUUGGCCAAGGAGGGCGUGAUGGUGCACGGCCGGUCGAGUUGCAGCUGUCUUCCGCGCCCGAAGGUCCUGAGGAGAUGGUCCACCAUCUCGCGCGCUUGGCACAGGGCCGCGAGACUGAUGCCCUCGGGGUCCUGGAGGAUUUGCUCUUGGACAAGGCGGCGGGCUUCGACUCUGAGGACGAGAUGAGGACCUCUCCGAGGACGGCUGUUGAAACUUGCACUUCCAGCCCUGUGCGCGGCAGUUACGUGGCGUCUCCACAACGCACAAGUGCAGCUUCGCGCCAGGUGGCGCUGUCUCCAAAGAAAGGGCAAGCUUCGUCUUCAGGAGCUUGA